AUGAAACUCCACAAAGCUUAAAGACUUGAGCCAGCAGCAGUACUUAUUAUCAUAGAACUGUAUAAAGAUGUACUAAGAAGUGCUUAAAUCAUUUCAUUCGUCGACUUGAGUGCAUCAAUUUCGCCUUCAUCUCCUAUUUAAGUAGGUAAUUCUACUUAAACUUCUUGA